GUAUUGGAAUCGAUUCAGCAGCAAGCUGGAGCAGAUUGAGCUGCGGAACAGCUUUGAGGACAGGCAGGGCCGAAGGCACUGCUCUCGGGCGGCGGCCAUCAGGCAGACCCUGGAGCGGGAGCGGCGGCAGUACCAGGCCCACGGCCUCGACAGCUCCAGUUCGGCAUGUCCCAAAGCAAAGCCCAGCUUUUCUCCUAAAACUGGCUCCUUCUGUGCAGUCCGUGUUUCGGUCAGGGACAUCACCACUCGCCCGCCGUCCUGCAGACACUUCAGGCCCCACGUCCAGCUCAUCAGCCGGACGCACUUGGCGUCUGAGGACUUGCGCUGCCGCUCCGCUGCCCGCGCUCGAGCCGCCCGGAUCUCAGCUCUGCCCUCGCGCUGGCCUCCCCAGGCGGCUCUGUGCUCAGUCUCGACCUGA